GGUGCUCACGAAGAGGCACAGACUGGGCAUGCCCAGCCUGAAGGGGAGGGAGAGGAGAGGAGGCUGCCUGGCAAAGACGAAGAGAGAGGCAGAGAGUGGAAGAGUUGAGAUGUCUGACAGAAAAUUCCCGACGAGGAGGAGAUGCUCAUUUCACAGCAACGCGUCAGUUUCCACCUGACGUGAAACACAGCGAGGCUCUCUUCUCUUCACGCGACACACACACGCACACGCGAGCGCGCGCACACAGAGCGGAUAAAUGUGGACCGCAGUGGCACUCUCAGCGUGCCGCCUGCAGCAGACAGCGAUGCAACAGCGUCUCAUCAUCUCCUGGACCGGGUAGACAAGAGGCUGCUCCGGAGCACGUUUCCUGGUAUGAAGAAUAGGGAGCUGCUGGAGUCGUCCCGUGGGCAUGUUUGUCCUCUGGCCGUUCAGCCUGUGUGUCUCUGCCGUGCACACAGGAGGGAGAAGAAAGACCGUCUAAAAAUAAACUGACACCCACCACCAGCAGGAAAACAAUAUCCGAACUGACAAAAACAGAGAAAAAGAGCAAAGAAGAGCCCUCUUUCCACCCUGUCUGCCUCUUUCUCUGCUCCAUUUCUGUUUCUGUGUCCUCAUUACGUGCUGAGAGGAGGUCAUGUCCCAGUCUGGAAAAGUCCUUCAUCUGUAUGUGGAAGUGAGGUCUGCCCCAGAUCAGAAUGGAGGAAAGAGGGAGAGUGAAGAAGGGAUUGCUCAGGGGCAUUCGGUUCAGGACAGUCCCGUGGAGCUCCUCUCUCAGCUAACGAGCCAGACGACACGCCAGAUCGUCAGCAAAGCCUCCACGGCUCGCCGCCUGGCUCAGGACUGCACGCACGGCCAGUCUCCCUGUCGAAAUACCGUUAGCUUUCAGCUCCAGCAAACCAGCAGCUCACCUACGAUCAGCAAGCGUUGGAGUUCACCCCUGCACCCUUCACCAGCGACCUCUUCGGGAAAAGUCAGUGUCCCUCACACCCCUCCUAUUCACAAGAGGCUUAAUGAAGAGGAAGUCAGUGAUGGGAAGCGGAGUGUGGUCACCUUCAGUUACGUCGAGAAGUCAAAUGUGAAGAAAGUGGAGAGUCCGCGCAACUCUGUGUGCGAGAGACGAGCCAGAGAGGAAUAUUCCACGCCUUCCCGCUUUCGAAAACGCCUCAGUGACCCAGUUUGGUUUGGGAGUCCCGAUUCAUCGUGCAGCUCCAGUCCCAAGCUGACUUUCCAGAGUCCAGGAAGUCACCAGCAGACGUUCUCCCCCGGCCUUUGCCAGCCACACUUUGACCCCAUCGGCAGGGCAGCUACCAAGAGGGCUGUAGAGGAGUUUGGAUCCCCCUUAUUGAGGAUUAAACUGGCCCACGCACUUGAGCACACCUCAGCUUCAUGCUACUACCAACAACCGCGCUGUCAGUCCUGGGCUGGAUCUCCCGUUCAGCGUCAGAACAUCAGCGUAAACCCCAAAGAUCUGGCUCCAUGUGGGCUGCCUCGGAGCCCAGCCUCAGACCAGCUAUCCUCACAGUCCAAGCAGUCCUCCCUUGAGAGAUCCGGGCCCCCUGAGCCCCAAAGCCCUCUUCUGGCUGGAAGUCCAGUUGUCAACAGACACAUUAAGAGGACCUGCAAUAUGAGCACUUCACCGCAGGGCGCAAUCCUCCAACUUGGCAAUAAUGGAGUCGACGGUUUGAACCAGUUAAGCAACAGCAAAUCUUCCUCUCCAGCUCACAGUCCUGAAGUUGCUCGCCGGCUGGCUGAGGAGGCCACCAAAGCAUCUUCGGUUCUCACAGAGGCGAGGAGGUCCUCGUUGCACAAUGCUUUAGGAGAGCUCACAAGCAGCUCAAACUCUGGAGAACCAGCUCCAAAUGCACAACAGUUUAAGCAAACGCUCAGAAUGAACAUCCCUUUAAACGACCAACAACACACGCCAGCAACCGACAACACAGACUCGCACCAGCCUGAAAACUCACAAUCACAAGAGACAAACUGUCACACUAAUCAUGACACAAUGCAGCAGAGCUCCAUUUUAUCAGCCACUCAGAAUUCCCCCGCCCUUCCUUCACGUGUCCUUCGUCCCUCUCAUCCUCCCACAGAGCUCAGCUCCCCCAUUAGGGACCCGAGGCUAUUCCAAGCUGAGCUCCGACCACCAGAUACCCCCACCCUGCAUCGCCGUCAACCGCCACAGUACACCGGAGACUCCUGGUCCCCAGGCCUGGACAGGAAAGGAGAUCCGAGCUGUUUCGAGAAAGGGGAUUGCACAGAGCUCGCUCGCAGGCUCUUUAUCAAUCAAAGUGUUGAGGAGGCACCAGUCAGCUGGACUUCCAGGCAGCAGUGGGGGAAUGACAUGGAAAACAGCCCCAAGCCAAGCCCCGAGCCCGGAUUAGAGUCUAAAAGGGUCCAAACACCUGAUCAACAAUCCAGGCAGCGCCGCAGGCCUCUCAGCCCGACAGCACAGCAGAAGCGGGCUGAGCAGAGGAGGAGGGAGAUCCUUCUUCUGGGUCCUGUGGUCCUGGACUCUGGAGAGGAGGAUGAGGGCUGUGAUGAGGGAGGACAAGGUAACGAGGGGGAGGGAUACGGUGCAGCGCUGCAGCCUCGUUCACGGAGGGUCGCAGAGCCUCCUGAGGGGGAGCAGAAUGGCGUCAUGGGAGGGUCGUCACGCAGCUCCAGUGGGGUAACGGGGAGCUUGGGAGACAGGGACUGUGUGUCCCCAGAGUCCAGCCAGUCCAGUCACCAGAGCAACGAGACCGGGGCUGCCACCUCAGGAAUACAGACGGACAGUGGAUGUGCAGCGCCCAUGCCCUCGCUGCACUGCCAGAAGAUCGCUCGUGCUAAGUGGGAGUUUUUAUUUGGGACCCCUGCUGAGGAGGCUGCUGGCAGGGGGGAGAAACAUUCUCCAGAGGGAACCUCCACAGCUCCUCCUAGUGGUAACUCCAGCGAGUCUCCCACCCCGACUCCGCCAUCCUCCCUGCCUCUGCUUUCAGCCAACCACGAGGUGCAGCACGUGGAGGUAGAGCUGGUGACCCCUCCCCCAGCCAUCAUAGGAACAUCGCCCAAAACGGGCAUCAUUCGCAGGACACUCAAGUAUUCAGAAACUGACCUGGACGCUGUCCCGCUUCGAUGCUACCGUGAGACGGACAUAGACGAGGUGCUGCUGGCCGAGCAGGAAGACGCCGACUCUGCAUUUGGGAGCAACCGCAGCGUGCAGGGAACCUCAGGGACGGGCAGCAGCCCUCUGGGAGGGCUGGCUUAUGGGAGAACAGAUGGGGAGGAGGAGGCGAUAAGGGAAGGAAGAGCUGUGGAGGAAGAAGGAGAAGAAGAUGAGGAGGAAGAGGAAGAAGAGGAAGAAAUGGUGAGCUGGGCAAGUGUGAGGAUGCAGGGAGACAGCAGGAAGCAGCAGUAUGCAGCUGAGGAGGAGCCUGAGGUGUUUGGACACCUUCUGAAGAGACCAGUGGAAACCUUUUUCGACAACCACCAUCCAGCCUUGAAAUCCCCCAUCUUGGUAUCCGGACCCCGCCUCGCCACAGAGGACACCUUCAGUCGCCACUUUGAGAGCAUCAUGGAGUCGCAUCGAGCCAAAGGGACGUCGUACAACAGCCUGGACAGCGAGGAGCUGCUCACCUCCAGCACCCACACUGUCCUGACCUUUGACCUGCCCACGCUAACACCCGCUAUCCACGGCCCCGUGUGCCAGAGCGCCAGACAGAUCGUCCAGCUCAGCUUUGCCCCGCUGGCGCACGAUGAGAGGCCCAGUUUGUCUGACUCUAUCUUUACUGUGACGGGGGACUCGGACGCCACCCGAGCUCCCUCCAGCGAGAGGCUGAGCAGUGGAUCAGAUGAUACCCCGCCCAGAGGGCAGGAGCGUUCACAGCUGGGGAGCAGCUGGUACAGCAACCCCUCCUUCUCCUUACCCAGCAGGGAGAAGGCCCGUCUUGCGACCGACUCCGAGCUGGACCAGGACCUCAGCGACAGGCUGGGCCUGGGCAGCAGUGACACCCUGACCAACGGCAGCCAUCGUGCCGACGUGGCAGCGGCCAAACGCCUGGCCAAACGCCUCUUCAACUUGGACGGCUUCAGGAAGUCGGAUGUGGCACGCCACCUCAGCAAGAAUAAUGACUUCAGUCGCAUGGUUGCAGAAGAGUAUUUGAGUUUCUUCAGUUUCACAGGCCUCACUCUGGACCAGGCGCUGCGGACUUUCCUCAGGCAGUUUGCACUGAUGGGGGAGACGCAGGAGAGGGAGAGGGUGCUGUCACACUUUUCCAGGCGUUACUUGGACUGCAACCCAAAAGUCAUACCAUCAGAAGAUGCAGUUCACACUCUCACCUGUGCCCUGAUGCUGCUUAACACUGAUCUGCAUGGUCAGAACAUUGGCAAGAGGAUGUCAUGCACACAAUUCAUUGGCAACCUGGAAGGACUGAACGAUGGCCAGGAUUUUCCCAAAGAACUGCUCAAAGCUCUCUACAACUCAAUCAAGAACCAGAAGCUGCAGUGGACAUUGGAUGAGGAAGAGCUGCGGAAGUCGUUUUCGGAGCUCGGGGACAGCCUGUGUGACUCCAACACCUCCAGAUCGAUGAAGAGGGUGGGCAGCAGCGGGAAGCCCCUGUCGGAUGGGUUGCAGCCCACGGGAAUGCUGCUGUACAAGAACGGAUUCCUGGUUCGCAAAGUCCACGCCGACUCAGACGGGAAGAGAACACCGAGAGGGAAGAGAGGGUGGAAGACUUUCUAUGCCAUCCUUAAAGGGCUAAUCCUCUACCUGCAAAAAGGGGAGUACAGGCCCGAUAAGCAGCUCUCUGAUGAGGACCUGAAGAACGCUGUGUCCAUUCAUCACUCUCUGGCAAUGAAAGCUUCAGACUACAGCAAGAGACCCAACGUGUUUUACCUGCGGACGGCGGACUGGAGGGUGUAUCUCUUCCAAGCACCGAACGCGGAGCAGAUGCAGUCUUGGAUCACACGGAUCAACACAGUGGCCGCCAUGUUCUCAUCUCCUCCCUUUCCAGCAGCCAUCGGCUCGCAGAAGAAGUUCAGCCGGCCACUCCUGCCGGGGACGAUGUCGAAGCUGUCUGAGGAGGAGCAGGUCAGAUCCCAUGAAGCUCGAUUCAGAGCCAUCUCCACUGAACUGGCUGAGCUGCGCUCUUAUCCACCUGACCGCAAGGUGAAAGGACGCGAGCUGGAAGAAUACCGCCAGCGAGAUGAGUACCUGGACUUUGAGAAAACACGGUACGGGACCUAUGUCAUGUUGCUGCGAGCUAAAAUCCGAAGCGGCGAGGAAGACCUGUCUGUAUUUGAGUCUCAGCUUCUGGAGGACAACGGGCUGCAGAGGGCUCACUCCAGCCCCACGCUGCAGGACAGCAGCCAGGCCAGCCUGGCCAGCAGCACCAGGGACGGUGGCAACAGCAGCAAAGCCAGCGGCUGCAGCAGCAAGCAGCGGCAGGAAGGCCAGAGACACAGCUACCGACAGGCCGUCAAGAAGUGAGACGGGGCGGGGCGCCGGGAGCGGCACGGCGUUGCACUGCCAGCGGCAGGCUGUCUCCCUGCAGAGGUUUUGUUUGGAGCUCUGCUUGAAGGGGGGAACAGGAGUGAGGGUCUACCCCACGCCUUCCCCCAAAACACGACGCCCUACCCGGCACCCCAAUCUUCUCAUCUAACCGAGGAGGUGCAGAUCCUGUGACUGGCAGAGAGGCUAGUGCAGGAGGUGGGAGGGAGCGCUGGGAGGUCACGGAUCUGCAGACGAGGUGUCUUUGAGAACGUACGCUGGGUGCCGCAGCAGACUGUGAGACAGAGAGGCUGCUUACGGAUCGGACGGGGCAGCGCACAGGGACCUACAUCCAGCAUCCUUUCCUUUUUUCUUCCCCUUUUGUUCUUUCAAGGCACCUCCGGCCGCGUUCUCACACCUUUUUUUCUUGACCUUUCACUCCGUUUUUUGGGACCAAACAUGUUUACACACACUUUGAAUUGUCAUCACAUUACAGACGACUGACGAUUUGAUUUCUGUUGAAUUUCUGCCGCCGCUCUUGAGGUGAAGCGCUGUAAUAAUAGUUUAAAAAAACAAAAAACUUAGGAAACAUCACCAGGUCUACGGAGCCAUUACAUUCCAGCUCCUUUUUUUUCCCACCACGGUGUGUUCACAUUCCACACAGGAGCCGUAAAUUCCAGCGUUUAGCUCCUGUAUGUUUCGCUGAAGGUGGUUUCCAGUUAAAUAAGUGUGUGGCUGCAGUAUGCGACGUGACGAGAUGGUGCCGCUGCGUGCAGCUCGUCUUUCCUCCUUUCUCUAGCCAGCUGACGGCCAACUCGAGGCGACGACGUCAGCAGAAGUUCACAGUCCUCCUGAUAUGCAGCAAAACACUGCAUGACACAAAGAGAAAGAGGUCUUUUUUUUUGCUCUACUUGAACUCGAACAUCUCUUGCUUUUUGCUUCUGUCCUGUGAUGUGCUUAUGUUCUCUUUCUUGGCCGAAUGUUGUUUUCUGCAGUGAUCCGCAUGCCUGCAUCCAGCACUGCUUCUUUUAGGGCUUUUUACUACUUUGAAGGCAAAAAUCUGAGAGCGGAGAAACUGCUCUCGGUGAGGGGUGGGGAGCAGGUUCGUUCAGUCGCUCUCCUCAUGCCGGUGCCAUACCCAACACGUGUAAUCUUCAUCUGUACUUAUAAACCUGACUCACUGGACAGACCCUGAAUGUUCUUUGUUUUUCGAUAUUUUUACAGUAUUUUACAGUCAUUUGUUGGUGUUGAACUUCAUGUGUAUGUCAAGUGUAUGAAUUAUCUCUUUGUAAACAUCCAGGAUAUGUUGUAUAUAACGCACCAUAUAUUGUAGGAUAUAUGACAGUAUAUUUACAAUAUAUUCAGCACACUCAUGAGAAGCUGCAUUAGGUAUACACACACACAAGUUUGGAAAUUGCUACUUGGUAAUCACAUUACUUUAUUUUUUCUUACAAACUUUAUGAAUAUUAUCAAAAUAAGUCUAUCAAAGAUUAGUAAGGGUGAGUUUUUUUGCAGGAUUUUAGUGUAAAAAGAAAAUUCUUGUGAGGAUUUCAGCUCCAGUGGGAACUACUCCAAAGACAGAUCAUGCUCGAGGUUCUUUGACAGUCAGCAGCCAGCUUGGUAACACCCCCCCCCCCCCCCCCCCCCCGCCUUGGGCAGUUUAAUUAAUCCCCCCAACUAAAAUGAAUUAGGCAGCUGAUCUAGUGGUCUCUGGGACGCAACUGGACUUUUAAAGAAACUGGUCAAAAUAUUAGGUUUUGGUAUUUCUACCCAACACUGUUAACAUCUCUGUUUAACCCACCAUAGACUUAUGCUGUCAACACCAUAAGCCAAGAAAAGUACUCUCCUCUUUUCUACGAUGAAGAGUAGAUAAACUUGCCACAACACCAGUGAAAUUUUGCAGAUCCAAAGAUCUUUUAAAUACUUGAACUCAUAGUCUCUGCACUUCCUGUUUCAUAGGGGCACUUGUGAGAUAAUCCAUGAUGAUUGGGGAUCUAUGGAGGCCAAAACAGUGGUGUUAGCAUUUGUUAUUGUUAUGUUUUUUAAAGAAGAGGUUAAGUUCAGUUUUUUACAAUUUUUAUCUUAUUAUUAUUUUUUAUUAGAGAUGUAAAACUACCCUGAGUCACUUUAUGGAAUCUAUGAAUUUGAUUUCAGACAGGAAGCCUGCAGGUAACAGUCACCUUUAACCACCACAACGAGCUGCAGGUUUAACUACGCUUCUACUGUCUAGUUUUUGGUUUUUUGGUUUUGUUUUUGGAAAACGGGUGCCGUCAGAUUAGAGCGACUGCGGCGUGAGUGUGGUGAAUCCUCGUCCCACCAAUCAGCAUGCGUUAGCAAAAUGUCAGCAGUUAAUUGACAGUUUUAGUCUUUCUGGAAAAAUAAAUUGGAAGCAUAUUUUAUUUGCAGACAUAUUAUCUGUACUGUAUUUCCAAAAACUAAAAGAAGUGUAUGUUUUUUUUCUUCCUUUGUCUAGAAGCAAGUGUAAAUAUUAAUAUUACCUCUAAUUCAUUAAGGACUUUCUCAAGAGUGCCCCCUUCUGCAUUCCUUCCUGAAUCGCAUCCAAUUUCUCUACAAGAGUAUUAACAGAAAGUGGAAUAACUCCCCCAGAUCAGCUCUAUAAUCUAAAUGAAAGGAUAAAGGGCUUUAAAUUUAAUUAUUGCGUCACAGAGACAUAAAAACUGGAUAUUUAGUCAAAUCUGAUUUUGAAAAAAUGCUUUAAAAGUUUGGCGACUUUACACUUGCCUUCAAAAGGGCUCAAUCCAAAAGUGUGAAAACAAAAAAAGUCUUUGGUUAUCCUACCAGAGCACUGAAUAGCACUGCAAGUACUCACACAUUUUUCUACAUUAAAUAGAAGAGAAACCUCCUGCCAGGAUACAGCUGAAACAGCAGCAAAACUUUACCGUUAAUAUGUGUGAUGCAACAAAACGAUUGGCUCAUAUCUCUCCCGGGACUCUGAGUGCCACAGCUUCUCUCUCUUAUAAUGUCUCAUUGUUUGCCAUGAGCUAAUGCCAUGAUUUAAACUGGAUCAGGGCUGAUACUGUUGUAAAAGAUGCAUGGAAAAAAGAAUGAAGACAGAAUGUAAAAAAGAAGAAGACAAAGAAACUCCUUAUUCAGGAGUGAGUGUGAUUGUGUGUUUGUGUGCGGGCGGACUGAUCUAAUUAUGGAACCACAUAAUGUUUGGUAGCCAUAUACACUUCAUAACAUUAUUAAUGCACAGCCAUUUAUUACUCAGGCUUUAAAACGACACCUUGAGCAGCUGCAGUGCCAGCGUCCAACCAGCAGGGAGAGCUGUCAGCAUUCACCUAUGUUCUUUCAGCCAUAAUCACACCUGCUGCACCUUCAGUGAAUAUGCACGGCGUCACCCGCUCGCCCGAGCAGGUGGGUGGGGGCGGGUAUUGCAGGGCUAAAUGAGAUAGGACCUGUUUGUAUUGUAACUACGGAUGUCAAGUCUGAGUGUGUGUUGGGAGUGUGUGCUUACGUGAAAGGCUGCAGAGAGCCUUCCAGACCAUCUGACUUUUAUCCAGCGCCAAAUGUGUUGUUUAAAGCUGUACAGUUUCUAGAACAGAUGAUUGAAUAUUCAGGCUUAAGCGUGUCACGGUGUAAGUCUCUUAAUCAUGUAGAUGCCUGCAGCGUAGAGCUGAAUCUACCUAGAAUUUUUGGUUAUUGACUGUCAUGUGAGUCAUUUUAAGGCAGCAUCCUCCCCAGAAGUCAUCGGCCUUUAUGUCUUUUCUUUGUCUUAUGUGAUACUUUUACUUGCUUUUGGGGCUUUUUGUCAGACAGAAGAAGCAGUUUAAAGACAUGCCCAAUUCUCAGCAGCUUAUUUCAUUUGAAGCUCAUUGCCUGCUUCUCUUGUCUGCACCUUCGCGCUCGCUGGUGGUAUUAAAAGGUUUUAUGUGUAUAUUGUUGCCAUAACUGACCUCCUGUACAUUUCGUGUAACUUUACAGACUUUAUACUUGUGUGUUAUUUGUAGUGUUUGCUGUCUGUUAUGUGGCCAAACUGUCAAUAAGCAGCCAGACUUACAAUGAGUACCUUAACACUGACCUAUUCUGCUCAUUUACAGCUAUAUAUCUUCAGUCUUAGACUUAACUAGCGUAGCUUUGCAUGAUCCAGAGCUCAAAAAUAAUCCUGGUUUAGCUGAUACUGGGUCCUUCGGGUGGAAGGCAUCCUCUGUCUGAAAAUAAAACGGUUUUAGACAGAGGAUACCUUCCUCCUUAUUGGUUGCCCGUCAUAACACUUUACCCCCCCAGCAGGUGGGCGGGGCUUCUGUGCUUUGAUCACCACAUUAGGAAUCACAGAGUUAAGAGUAUCAGCAGCCACUUUGGAUUUGGUUGAUUUAUACAAAUAAUGGCCAUGUUUGAUAUGAGCAUCCAUCAUUCAAACAGAAUAUAAAUAACAGUAAAUAAGGAAAAGCAUAAUAGGUCUACACAGAUAAAAUAUGAAAACACUUGUCAGAUUUUAUCUUGAAAACCUACAUCUCUUGUUAUUGCAUACACAAGAAACUGUUAUCUAUGUUACCCUAAAAGUAAAUGUUUUUUGUGUGUGAAUUUCAGUCAUUUUAGUUCCUCUGUGUUGACAUCGUACGCGUCUCAUAACAAGCCAAACUGCACAUGAAUUUUGUGCUGUUUUUAUAGAAAUGUAUACAAAUUUCUGUUUUCUCUGUCAACUGCUGCCUCUGAUGUCUAAGCUCAAAUAACAGGAGAGCUGAAGGAAAUUAACUUUUUAAAUGUGAGGAUUUUCUGCUUUGGAAAUCUCUUUGGGUUUUAGAGGGAAGAGUUUUCAAUAGCUUUUUCGUACCUUUAUGCUAAUAUUUUAUGAUAUGCCCUCAAAUGGUUGAUCAGAAAUUCAAUCAGAAGCUCUCCAUUUUGUGCUUAAAGGCCAGAUUACCCUCUUAAUGGUGCAAAUUCUCCAAUAUAUGAGUAUAAUAAUGAAACGCUUGUGAGCAAGUGGGUUUGGGGACCCUUGGGCCAGUGGCCCAUUCGGCCUAAUUUUGGUAAUCCAGCACUGCUGUCUGCACAAGAUAACAAUAAAUAUCAUCUUUUUCAAGUUUUAGGGCUCCACAGACUCGAUGCCAAAACAUUUAUAUUUUCAAAUAUAAAUGACAACAUGAUUUGAGCUGUUAGAGCAGCAGGGCCCUGGGCUGUCACCCAACUGAUCCUAAACUGGUUCUGGCACCAGAUUUAAACCAAAAUUAACCCUUAAUCAAGCAACAUAUCAGCUGCAUGCCUCAUCUGAUGCCUUAACCCGGGCAGCCUUUCAUUAAAUCAACAAAAACAGUGCUGACAUUCAAAAGAGUAUAUUAGUUGAAAGGUAAAUAAGAAUAAAACUCAGUUUGAUUCAGUGUUAGUUAUAUAGUACCAAAUCACAACAACAGUGGAAAGGAAAAACUGACAAACAUGGGAAGGAAAAACUCCUUUUUAACAGGAAGAAACUUACAGGGAGAAGAGGCUUAGGGAGGGGCGGCUAUAUGCUGCAACUGGUUAGUUGUGAAUCUUAAACUCAUAAGAUUCAGAAUCUUUUUCACAAGAGUGUCCUAGGCCAGCUUUGACCUCGCAUGUUAGCUUAAUGUUAGCUUACUGAGAUCGAACUCCUUUAACAGCUGCUGUGUUCUGCUAUCAUUAAUGCAAUUAUCGGUGCACAUAGCCUCCAUACCAUUGCAAACUCUGUGGCCAGAUCAGUUUCACCAUUUAUUAUUAACUGACUGUUUGGGGGAUAUAAAGAGCUGCACUGAAGUGCGAUUCAUAAAGUGCCAAAGCCAAACCAACAACAGCGAGAGCAGUCACUUAAUCGUCUGUGGCUUUAUAUGCAGUACAGAUUUAAAGCAGUUUAGAGUCUUCACUGUAUCUCAAAGUUAUCCCCUUCCCGCGGCCUCUCUCCAUGUGUUCUCACCACUCACAUACAUCACAGAGCAGCAGCUGGUCCUCCAUGGCACUGGUUAGCAUAGAAAUGGCUGGUUCCCCUUGAUGACGCCUGCGUGAUACUCAAGUCAAAGUGUUGCACCGUGUUCACAGACGUAGGAUAUGUGCAGCUCAAACUGUCUCUUCAGCGUGCACUUGUACAUCACAGCCUCAUUUCUGAAUGUAAAUAAAGCAUGAGAUAUUACGGCCUGCUUUCAUUUAUAUUAUGGUUAGAGUAUUAAAUGAAGGGUUAAUAUAUAAGGUAGGUCAGCAUUUUUUCCUGUCCUUGAGCUCAUGGUCAUUUCUCUCUUUUUGUUUUUAAUCAAUGUGAAUGAAGGGAAUGGCUAUAUUUAAUGCUGUUGUAUGCUGUCGUGUUUUAGAGACUUGAGCCAGCUCAUACGAAUCUUUUUACAUGUAGAGGUCUGAUCUGAUCCGUCUCAGUGUUUUUUAGACUGGUGCAGAUAAGGCGAUGUUCAUUUUAUGCUAUACAUACAGUGAGCUACAUGUGUCACUGCCUUGUUAUAACUCACCAAGGAAAUGUUGUUUGUGAGCUUCUCACUUUGAGAAGCAUAGGAGAUAAAAAUAAAAGUGUUUUGAAAGGUUUA